CCCCCUUUCUUCUUUCCCUGUGACUUGCAUACAAUCUUCUCUCUUUCUCUUUCUUGGCCCUUUGCUCUUUACUUCUCUAUUUUCUUUCUCUUUCACUUAAACACACUGAAACAGAGAAGUUUAAUUAUUCAUUUCUCUGACUCUGUGUCUCUCCAAUUUUUUCUCUUUCUAAUUCCAGUUCCUCUGUUUUUUUAUUUUUUUUUUUAUUUUUUAUCUUUUCAAGGGUAAUUUUGUGUGGCCAAAUGACGAACCAGAAUGUGAUUGUUUCUGACCCAAGAUCAGGGUUCGACUCUUCUGUUUUUUCAUUCUCACCGGCUGUUCCCGGACCACUACCGCCGCCGGGGAGAUUCAUCGCCGUUCCGGCGAAGAAAUCAUUCAAAAACAUUGAGUCUGCUGCCGGAGAUCAUAGGAUCACUGCUUUACUUGAUUCCAUGAGAGCUUCUUCCCCACCUCGUAGAUCCUCUGAAACUGAAAAUCUCAAGUCUUGGAUUGUUCAUCAUCCCUCAGCUUUGGACAUGUUCGAGGAAAUUAUAAGUGCUUCAAAAGGGAAACAAAUAAUAAUGUUUUUGGACUAUGAUGGUACAUUGUCUCCUAUUGUUGAUGAUCCUGACAAAGCCUUUAUGACUGCUGAGAUGAGGGAAGCAGUGAGAGACACAGCCAAGUAUUUUCCUACAGCAAUAGUGAGUGGAAGAUGCAGAGCAAAAGUCUUUAAUUUUGUAAAGUUAUCAGAACUGUAUUAUGCUGGAAGUCAUGGAAUGGACAUUAAGGCGCCUGCUAAAGGACGCAAACAUAGAAAUGUGAGCAAAGGAAAUAAUCAAACUGUUCUCUGCCAACCUGCCAGAGAAUUUUUACCCAUGAUUGAUGAGGUAUAUAAAUCUUUAGUGGAGAAAACAAAAUCUAUACCAGGAGCGAAAGUGGAAAACAACAAAUUCUGCUUAUCCGUACAUUUCCGUCGUGUUGAAGAAAAGAGGUGGACUGAACUAGCUGAGCAAGUGAAGUCAGUGACAAAGGAAUACCCAAAACUUCGAUUAACUCAAGGAAGAAAGGUUUUGGAGAUUCGUCCCAGCAUUAAAUGGGACAAGGGAAAGGCACUUGAAUUUUUGUUAGAAUCAUUAGGGUAUGCUAAUUCAAAUGAUGUUUUGCCUAUAUACAUUGGCGAUGAUCGAACAGAUGAAGAUGCUUUCAAGGUAUUGCGCGACAGAGGACAAGGUUUUGGAAUAUUAGUGUCCAAAGCACCUAAAGAAACGAAUGCUUCCUAUUCUUUGCAAGAGCCAUUAGAGGUUAUGUACUUCUUAAAUCGUUUGGUGGAGUGGAAAAGAUCGUCCUUGCAAAGAUAUCAGAGGAAAUAAAACCCAGAAGACUAGCUAACACCAAGAGUUGACCCUUUAACCCUGGAAGUUUUGUUGGGGAUGGGUUUAGAAAUUAAAGAGCUUUGUAGCACCUUUUCGUUUUGGAAGACUCAACUGUAAUUGAAAAAAUGGAGAAAUUUUUGUAAUUUUCCGAGUAUAAAUUCAAUAAGAAAGUAUUAUGCACUUCUCACUUA